GUGAGAGAGUUUGAUUGAAACUGAAGGAGUUUGAUUACUCAGCUCCUGAUUGGUUGACAAAGAAGAAGCGGUAUUUGACGGUCAAAUUCCGGCACUGUCAUUAUAAUAGUUUGGCUGAAGUGGAGCUGUAAUGUAUAGAGAGAGGCUAACUGAAGCUGUGGGUCUUCUAAAUAAUAAUUUAGGAAAUGGUGAGCUAUUGUCAACGAUGUCUCGACAAUUAAAUUAAGUCCAACAGAGCUCUGAUUCGGAGAUGCAGAGAUUAUUCAGGGGUGGAACUGCAAAUCCAGUCAGACCUGGCUCCAGGCUAGCACUGCUACUUCUAGCUAGCUCAAUGCAACACGGAGGACCCCGUUACCAGACGAGACAGCGUUUCGGUGGAUCGUCGUCGAAAUCCAGGAAGAGAUUAUCUGGCCAAUGCUGGGUGUCUAAGGCCUUUGAAACGCAUAGAAGACAAAGAUCUCUUGGUGGAGGAUAUCAUCAUGUUUCAGCUGGUUCAUCAAGUUAGUGGAGCACUUCAAAGGUUCAGGGAGGGGAUGAAGACCCUUGGUGUUCUUGAUGCAAUAAGAAUGCACCCAGAUGCUUUCAGACUGCUGUUUUGUCACGAGCCAUCCCCACUCACAGCUGAUGUACUAGAACUGUCAGCAGUGGGCAGGAACAAAAGAAGGGCAGAGGAAUGUGUGGUUGCAUUUUGGAGGGACUACCUGCUGGAUGUUGAGGCGCAAGAGGGACCCUUGCAACUUGGGGGUAUCCUGGCCUUUACGAUGGGAGCAAAUGAUAUUCCACCCCUGGUCUUCUCUCCACUACCUUCAGUGGUUUUUCUCCACGAGCUGCCCCUCAGACAAGGCCGUCAUUUACCCCCCGCAAACAGGUCCCGUCGUGUUCGGACAAAGAUCUUCAGCUCUACACCAAAGCUUCCCUGAUUGGCAUCCUCUUCAAACUGCUGGUUAAUCAAGAGCAAGAAAGAGAUCGUCAGAGUAUAACCAUUGAGCUCAGAAAUUUAUCUUUCCAAAAUGACACUUUCAUGGCCCAAAUUGUCAGUUUCCCUCACAAUU